CGCAUGGACGUCCGGAGCCAGGUGGGGAUGAGAGCCAGUCCACGGAGCAGCUCAAUGUGUCCCGGCUGCGCAGCUCCUCGGUGGAGAUCCGUGAAAAGGGGUCCGAGUUCCUGAAGGAAGAGCUGCACAGAGCGCAAAAGGAGCUGAAGCUGAAGGACAAGGAGUGUGAGAGACUAUCCAAAGUCAGAGAACAGCUGGAACAGGAGCUGGAAGAGUUAACAGCUAGUUUGUUUGAGGAGGCGCACAAGAUGGUGAGAGAAGCAAACACCAAGCAGGCGGCGUCGGAGAAGCAGCUGAGGGAGGCCCGGGGGAAGAUUGACAUGCUGCAAGCCGAGGUGACAGCUUUGAAGACUCUGGUGAUCACGUCCACGCCUUCCUCCCCAAACUGGGAGCUGCACCCGCAGCUUCAGGGUCCCGCCAAGGCCGUCUUCAGGAAAGGGCACGGCCGAAACAAGAGCACCAGCAGUGCUGUGGUCACGGCUGCCAGCCCGAGCGCGGCGCCGGGGCCCGUCAGCCCGGAGUGCAAGGAGGCGGGGGUGCCCGCUCUGCUCUCCAUGCUGCUCUGUGUGCUCCCCGGGACGAUGCUCCAGCUCCCCUGGGAGCCAGCCUGGCAGCCUUCAUCGGCAGCCUCUUCCUCGGCCUCGCGGCAGGUCGACUCCAUUUUAUUUGCUGAGUUCCAGGCCUGGAAGGAGUCUCCAACUCUGGAUAAAUCCUCCUCCUUCUUGGACAGAAUUUACCGAGAAGACGUAGGACCGUGUCUGGACUUCACUAAGCAAGAGCUCUCGGAGCUGGUGCGAGCAGCCGUGGAGCAGAACACACUCACCAUCGAGCCCGUUGCUUCGCAGACGCUGCCGGUGGUGAAGGUGACCGCAGCGGAGUGCGGUGGGCCCAAUGGCUUCCGGUCACAAAUUGUAACGAAGUGCGCUCUGAGCGGCCUCCCCAGGACUUGCAAGCACCGGAUCACGCUGGGGGAUUCCGGGAAUUACUACUACAUUUCGCCAUCCUGCAGGGCCAGGAUCACGGCGGCAUGCAACUUUUUCACAUAUAUCCGCUAUAUCCAGCAGGGCUUGGUGAGGCAGGACGUGGAGCCGAUGUACUGGGAGGUCAUGCGGCUCCGGAGGGAGAUGUCUCUAGCCAAACUGGGCUUUUUUCCCAGCGAGAUGUAAGCUGAGGGCCGAGCAUGGAAGGAAAG